AACCCCUUGCGAUGUGUUUUCUGAGGCCGCGUUGCGUUGCGUUUGGUUUGGUUGCAUUGCAUUGCAGGGAGUUGGAGGUUGAGGCAUUGCGAUUCUGCACAUUCUUACACCACAUCACUCCAUCGCCAUGGCAGCAGCACUCAUGCAAACUGGGCGCCGAUCGUUGCUCACCUCCACCCGGUUAUCGGCGCAGAGGAGAGCCAUGGCAACUGCCACGCUGCACACUGAGAGCUUGCCGGAUCUCGACUACGACUACGGGGCGCUGGAGCCAGCUAUCAGCGGGGAGAUCAUGAAGCUUCACCACCAGAAGCACCACCAGACCUACGUUACCAAUUUCAACAAGGCUUUGGAGCAGAUGCACUCCUCCAAUGAUCCACAGACCAUUGUUGCCCUGCAGUCCGCUAUCAAUUUCAAUGGCGGAGGGCAUGUUAAUCACUCAAUCUUUUGGAAGAAUCUUGCACCCAUCAGUGAAGGAGGAGGUGCACCCCCUCAGGGAAGCCUUUCUAAGGCCAUUGAUGCACAGUUUGGGGACCUGGACAAAUUGAUUGCAAAGAUGAAUGCUGCGGGCGCUGGUGUGCAGGGAUCCGGCUGGGUGUGGCUGGGUUUGAACAAGGAUUUGAAGAGACUUGAAGUGCAGACAACCAUGAACCAGGAUGCCUUGUCGUCAAAGGGCCUCGUUCCCUUACUUGGAAUUGAUGUCUGGGAACAUGCCUACUACUUGCAGUACAAGAACGUGAGGCCCGACUAUCUGAAGAACAUCUGGAAGGUUGUAAACUGGACGGAUGUGGCUCAGCGCUUUGAGAAAGCCUGAUUGCAGCAAAUUUUACGUAUAGUUGAAUAAUCCUCUACUAUCAUUGCUGCGUAGCAUCCAAUGUGAAGAACUUUUAGAGACAACCAGCCUAUGGCUUGUAAUUUGGAGAAUAACAGGGCUGGUUGGGGUUUUCGCUAAAUUGUAUCGCACCACAGAAACUUUAUACUGUUUCUUUUUCUCUCUUUUUUUUUAAUUUUUUAAUUUUUAUUUAUUUCUUCUUCUU